AUGGCCUCUCCCUCUCCGCGUUUUUUGAGCCUCCUUCACCAUCCACCCGACGCCACCGCCGCCGCCACCAAUCCACCCAUCGAGCUCGACGAAAGCGACGUCGUAUGGUCAUCCUCAUCGGCCUAUUCUUCCGACGCUGACUCCCACUCCUCUCCGCCUCAUCCUCCUUCAACUCCCCCCAUCCAUCCCCGUCGUCACCGUCCCAGCCACCUCAACCAUCCGCCCUUUUACGGCCUCUCCGCUGCCCUCUCCGACGACCACCUCCCCCCUCUCGUCCGUCGGAAAUCGACCCUCAAUCCUUCCCUCUCUGCGGCCAAGAUGGUCCCUCCCUCCGUUGUUCGCCCCGAGAGCCCCCAUUUGAGUCCCAAGGCUGCCCCCGCCGCCGGAGGGAGAUACCACCAGUCUGCUCCGGUUAACGUCCCUGUUUGGCCGAAGCACAAGAAGCAGCAAGCUGGUGGGAAUUAUUUGGGUCAAUUGGCGUUGGAAGUUGUUGACGAAGACGACGACGACGACGACGAGAUGGUGCCGCCUCACGUGAUCGUCGCCAGGUCGCACGUGACAUUCUCGGUUUUUGAAGGCGUUGGACGGACGCUGAAAGGAAGAGACCUGCGGAGCGUACGAAACGCCGUUUUCCAGAAAACAGGUUUCAUUGAUUAA